CAAGAGAAGCCAAAUGCAGCAAGUUGUCCUUCCUAUAUGGAACCAGAAAACCAAACACGUGUUUCAGAAUUUAUCCUCCUUGGACUCUCAGAAGAUACCAAACUGCAGCCCCUCCUCUUCGGGAUGUUCCUGACAAUGUACCUGGUCACCUUCAUGGGGAACCUGCUCAUCAUCCUGGCCAUCAUCUCUGACUCCCACCUCCACACCCCCAUGUACUUCUUCCUCUCUAACCUGUCUUUUGCAGAUAUCUGUUCCACCUCCACCACUGUCCCGAAGAUGCUGGUGAACAUCCAGACAGAGAGCAAAAUGAUAACUUAUGGAAUCUGUCUCACACAGAUGUACUUUUUUAUGCUUUUUGGAUUAUUAGACAGCAUCCUCCUGGCUGUGAUGGCCUAUGACCGCUUCGUGGCCAUCUGUCACCCCCUGCACUACACGGUCAUCAUGAACCCCCAGCUCUGUGGUCUCCUGCUGCUGGCUUCCUGGUUAUUAUGUCUUCUGGACUCUCUCUUACAUGUCUUAAUGGUUUUGCAAUUGUCUUUUUGUACAGAGUUGGAAAUCCCUCACUUCUUCUGUGAGCUUAAUCAGGUCAUCCACCUUGCUUGCUCUGACACCUUCCUCAAUGACCUAGUGCUGUAUUUUGCAUCUGGACUUGUGGGUGUUAUUCCACUCACUGGGAUCCUUUUCUCUUACUAUAAGAUUGUCUCCUCCAUUUUGAGAAUUUCCUCAGCUGGAGGCAAGUCUAAAGCAUUUUCCACUUGUGGGUCUCACCUCUCAGUAGUGUCCCUGUUUUAUGGUACAGGAAUUGGAGUAUACCUUAGUUCUGCUGCUACCCAAAACUCAAGGGCAAGUGCAAUAGCUUCAGUGAUGUACACGGUGGUCACUCCCAUGCUGAACCCCUUUAUCUACAGUCUUAGAAACAAGGACCUAAAGCAUGCCUUAGAAAAACUCUUCAGUUGA